AUGGAAACGGACCGACUGUAUGACCCUUUUGUUUUCGUCCGCUUCCGUUUCAACUAUGAAGUUGGUUACUUUCGUGAUCUUUGUGACCUUUCUGGUGUCCAUCACCUCACAAUGGUUUCGCAAGCGCAAAUCCUCGAUCGCACUUCGCAAAGUACCGCGUCCUUGGUUUCGCGACCCUCACACUCCGGCCGACGACAUCGCUCAGGUCGAUCGCACCACGGAAGCUCUUCGCAUGCCCCGUCCAACGAUUUCCCCAUCUUCACCUACACCGGCGACACCGAACUUGUGAUUCGCGCGGGGUCGCAGGAGCGCCGCUAUCUACUCCACCGAUUGAUUCUGGCACAAUGCUCUGGCUUUUUUGAGGCGAGUACCAGCGAGGAAUGGUCGCGUCAGACAACGCUGGGACCGUCCAAACCAGAGGGUACCUUGUCCCCCGUGAGCGAGGAAGAUUACCUGUCCAACGGGUCGACCUUGGUCCCCUCCGAUCAUGGCGGAUUGCCUACGCGGCCGGGCGAAAAGAGACGCUGGCGCUACGAGCUCGACUGGGAAAACUGCGCGGAGGAUGAGGAGGUCAUUCUGGUACAAAAGCCUCCAAGCCAUGCUCCCGUGUUCAGUGGCGACCAGACGGCCGUUUCUCCCACGAUGACCAAGCCCUCCAAUUCACAGGCAGGGUUCUUUCGAUCCAUGGCGAAUCUGACGGCCAUUCAAUCGGUAGCACACCUGCCUCAGCCUGGGAUAGACCCGGGUACCACCGUCGACCCUUUAAUACGUGACUACGACAACUUAUUACGAUUAUUUUACAACCACCCACCCAUAAUAAACAGUGUCAACAUUGCUUCUGCCUAUACAGAAUGCAAAUCUCUUCUCGCAUUGGCGGACAUGUACGAUGCUCUCCCAGUAACAGGGCCGCGUGUUGAUCACCAUCUCCUGGGUUUCGGGUCGCGACUCUUCAAGCAAAUCGCCAAAUACCCACCUAGCUAUCUCAAGCUAGGUUAUCUUUCCCGCAGCCGGGUGAUCUUCUCUGAAGCCCUUAUUCAUGUUGUAGGACAAUGGCCUGCUGCGCUACCGAGCAUGCGGAACGGCUCAUACGCGCCUCUCCCAGAGUCACUCCUCGACUUGAUCGAAGAGAAAGUGGAAGAUCUUGAAGAUCUCAAAGGCCGCAUUGAAUCAAAACUCCUGCGGCUGUCUCUUACCACAUCGCGCGGCGAGCGUGUCGGCCCCUCAAACGCAUACCUGGAUUGGCUCGCCGUGUCCCUCUUCCGUCAAUGGCUUAUCGAAAGCACCACCCCACCGCCAGCUCCAAUUCUCAAGAACUCGGGAGCCGCCGACGGGCCCUCUCCUCCUGCGGGCUCGGCAUCGCACCCAGCUAGCACUGGUCGACCUGCAACUCCCGAAGACCCAUCUGCGCGCACCCUCAAAUUGAUCGGAUCAUCGUCCACGCAAGCAUACCUCUCCCACGAGGACUUGAAGCGAUUUCUUAAACUUCAUCCUACCCCGUCCGCAGACCCACUCUAUACACGUGAGACACUGAAACGUUUUGAGCGCAAAAUGGACGAGAUGAAGCGGCUCGCGAGGGAGAUAGUCAAACCCCUGAUGCGCAAUUUCCUUGAACUUGAGCUUAAGUCUGGCCAACCCUCUGGUCCUGGUCCUCGUGAGGCUACUCCAAUUGGAUUGCCCUAUCUGACAUGUACACGUGUUGAAGAGAUGGAUUUGCCUUGGAACUAA